AUGGCCGAGGCCACCUCCACCGCCGGGGGCACAUCCCUAGAGGGAGAGCGCGGCAAGAGGCCCCCACCCGAAGGCGAGCCAGCAGCCCCUGUGUCUGGUGUGCUGGAAAAGCUUUUUGGGAAGCGGCUCCUGCAGGCGGGGCGCUACCUGGUGUCCCACAAGGCGUGGAUGAAGACGGUGCCCACGGAGAACUGCGACGUGCUGAUGACCUUCCCAGACACGACCGAUGACCACACGCUGCUAUGGCUGCUGAACCACAUCCGUGUGGGCAUCCCAGAGCUCAUCGUGCAAGUCCGCCACCACCGCCACACACGCGCCUACGCCUUCUUCGUCACUGCCACCUAUGAGAGUCUGCUCCGAGGGGCCGACGAACUGGGGCUGCGCAAGGCGGUGAAGGUGGAGUUCGGCGGGGGGAUGCGUGGCUUCUCCUGCGAGGAGGACUUCAUCUACGAGAACGUAGAGAACGAACUGCGCUUCUUCACUUCUCAGGAGCGCCAGAGCAUCAUCCGUUUCUGGCUGCAGAACCUGCGCGCCAAGCAGGGUGAGGCGCUGCACAAUGUGCGCUUCCUGGAGGACCAGCCAAUCAUCCCCGAGCUGGCUGCCCGUGGAAUCAUCCAGCAGGUGUUCCCAGUGCACGAACAGCGCAUCCUGAACCGCCUCAUGAAAUCGUGGGUGCAGGCCGUGUGUGAGAACCAGCCUCUUGAUGACAUCUGUGACUACUUUGGCGUGAAGAUCGCCAUGUACUUCGCCUGGCUGGGCUUCUACACGUCAGCAAUGGUGUACCCGGCCGUCUUUGGCUCAGUGCUGUAUACGUUCACUGAGGCCGAUCAGACAAGCAGAGACGUGUCCUGCGUAGUCUUUGCCCUCUUCAACGUGGUCUGGUCCACGUUGUUCCUGGAGGAGUGGAAGCGGAGGGGAGCAGAGCUCGCCUACAAGUGGGGGACGCUGGAUUCACCAGGGGAAGCUGUGGAGGAACCACGACCCCAGUUCAGGGGCAUCCGGCGCAUCAGCCCGGUGACUAGAGCCGAGGAGUUCUACUACCCACCCUGGAAGCGGCUCCUCUUCCAGCUGUUCGUCAGCCUGCCACUGUGCCUGGCCUGCCUGGCCUGUGUCUUCCUGCUCAUGCUCGGCUGCUUCCAGCUGCAGGAGCUGGUGCUGAAUGUGAAGGGGCUGCCCCGCCUCACCCGUUUCCUGCCCAAGGUCAUGCUGGCCCUGCUGGUCAGUGCCAGUGCUGAGGGCUACAAAAAACUCGCCAUCUGGCUCAAUGACAUGGAGAACUACCGGCUGGAGAGUGCCUAUGAGAAGCACCUCAUCAUCAAGGUGGUCCUGUUCCAGUUUGUCAACUCAUACCUGAGCCUCUUCUACAUUGGCUUCUACCUCAAGGAUAUGGAGCGCCUGAAAGAGAUGCUGGCCACCCUGCUCAUCACCCGCCAGUUCCUCCAGAACGUGCGUGAGGUCCUGCAGCCUCACCUGUACCGGCGGCUGGGCCAUGGCGAGCUGGGCCUCCGGGCCAUGUGGGAGCUGGCCCGAGCCCUGCUGGGCCUGCUGGGUCCCCGGUGCCCUGCACCUCACCACCUCGAACCCCAGGCUGAUGAGGGGGCUGGUGGUGGCGGUGUGGGGGGCCGUAGGUGUCUCCGUGGGGGCUGUGGAGCACCUGAGGAGGAGGAGGAGGCGACGGUGGAGCGGCGGCCAGUUGGGGAAGGCGGGGAGGAGGGUGAUGGGUUUCGGGGAGGCCCAGGAGAGGUGGAGGAGGAGGAGGACGAUGACGACGACGAGGAUGAGGAGGACGAGGAGGGGGAGGAUGGCGGCCUCCUGGACUGCGGGCUGCGGCUGAAGAAGGUCAGCUUUGCUGAGCGGGGCACUGGGCGGCGCCGGGGCCCCAGCCCUGAGGCACUGCUGGAGGAGGGCAGCCCCACCAUGGUGGAGAAGGGGUUGGAGCCUGGUGUGUUCACGCUGGCUGAGGACGACGACGAGGCUGAGGGUGCCCCUGGCAGUCCUGACCAUGAACCUGCCAGCGUGCUGCUGCGCCAGGCUGGGGGCGAGGGCCAUGACCAGGGUCCCAGUGGUGGCCUGGAAACUGAGCAGGGCACAGGUGACUCAGCUCGCCAGCAGAGGCGACAGAACCGGGCGUCCUGGAUUGACCCGCCAGAGGAGAAGCACUCACCCCAGCUCACGCAGGCUGAGCUGGAGAGCUGCAUGAAGAAAUACGAGGACACCUUCCAGGACUACCAGGAGAUGUUCGUGCAGUUUGGCUAUGUCGUCCUCUUCUCCUCGGCCUUCCCGCUGGCCGCACUCUGCGCCCUCGUCAACAAUCUCAUCGAGAUCCGCAGCGAUGCCUUCAAGCUGUGCACGGGUCUGCAGCGGCCCUUUGGGCAGCGUGUAGAGAGCAUUGGCCAGUGGCAGAAGGUGAUGGAGGCCAUGGGCGUCCUGGCCAUCGUGGUCAACUGCUACCUGAUCGGCCAGUGCGGGCAGCUGCAGCGCCUCUUCCCCUGGCUCAGCCCGGAGGCAGCCAUUGUGUCCCUGGUGGUGCUCGAGCACUUUGCUCUGCUGCUCAAGUACCUCAUCCAUGUGGCCAUCCCCAACAUCCCUGGCUGGGUGGCCGAAGAGAUGGCCAAGCUCGAGUACCAGCGCCGGGAGGCCUUCAAGAAGCACGAGCGCCAGGCGCAGCACCACUACCAACAACAGCAGCGGCGGCGGCGGGAGGAGGAGGAGCGGCAGCGGCACGCAGAGCAUCACGCUCGGCGGGAGCGCGACGCUGGCGCCAGCGGCGGCCGGGAGGAGUCACGGCCCGAGGGCUCCGGGCUGGACCCCGCAGCGCCCGAGAAGGCCUCGGCCAAGGCCAAGGGCAGCGGGGCGGGCGGCCACAACGCCGAGCGGCCCAAGCGCCCGGGAUCGCUGCUGGCGCCCAACAACGUCAUGAAGUUGAAGCAGAUCAUCCCGCUGCAGGGCAAGUUCCUGUCCUCGGGCGCCGCAGCCUCACCGGCUGGCGCGGGCACCAGCCCCACCGCCCGGCCGGCCACCGCCCAGUCGCCCACGGGCAGCGACACCCGCCUGCCCGCCUUCCUGAGCUUCAAGUUCCUCAAGUCGCCCGAGACCCGUCGGGACUCAGAGCAGCGCAGCCACUCGCCGCCCAAAGCCUUCCACGCCGGCAAGCUCUUCCCCUUUGGCGGGGCCCGGGCCGAGGCCGGGGCCAACGGGGCGGGCGGGCCGGCCCGGCCGGAUGGGAUCCCCGGCAGCAGCAGCGGUGGCCGGCCCCAACGGAGUGGGUCGGCGGACGAGGCCGCGGCAGAGGAGCCGGAAGCCGCCCGGCCCGAAGAGGAAGGCUCAGGGACAGCGCUGGCCCUCGUGGGCGCCCCUGCCCUCCGUACCCGCAGCAGCCGGAGCCCUGCGCUGCCGUCACCGCCACCGCCACCCAGGCCCCCGACGCCGCCGCCCACCGGCUGCUGGCAGUGGGAUGGGCCAUGGGGCUGUGGGGGCGAAGGCACCGCCCCCCGCCAGCUCCCCGCCACCGCUGCCGCGGAGUGCCCGCCCUGUGCCCACGCUGGGCCCCCGCUCGCCCCACAACCCCUGCCAGGGGACACCAGCUUCUACAGCCUCCCGCCCCCGCCGCCGCUCGCCUUGGAGCACCCCGAGUCUCUCGAUCCCACGCCCAGCCCAAGCCCCCAGGCUGUGUGCUGGCCCAGUGGCUGGCACUAG